GUGGUGACGUUCUGUGACGUCAUUGCCCGACAACGAUGGCGGCGGCUGGAGCUUCAGCCUCAGAUGUCAGGCAGAGAGAGCCUCGAUCUAGUGCUCCUUCGUCCCUCUAAACCACUGCAGCACUUGAAAAAAUACCUGAAGGGAUAAUGAGGAAAACCGGCGUCGGCUGUGUGAAAAUGUCGCAAUAUUUCCCCUGAAUAUGUGUCUCGCGGAGCAGCGAAGAACAUCCGUUAAUCUGAGGGUGAUUUUUAAGCUCGCGAUGAUUCACUGGUAAAUUUCCAGCAGCGCGAGACUCCCCUUCUCAGCCAAAAAACAAAUAAAUAAAAAAUACGCUCCGAAAAAAUAAUAAAAAUGAAAUUUACCGAGCACCUGUCUGCCCACAUCACCCCGGAGUGGAGGAAACAAUACAUUCAAUAUGAGGCGUUUAAAGAAAUGUUGUACUCUGCCCAGGAUCAGGCCCCAUCACUCGAAGUCACAGAUGAAGACACUGUCAAGAGAUACUAUGCCAAGUUUGAGGAGAAGUUCUUCCAAACAUGUGAGAAGGAGCUGGCCAAAAUCAACACAUUCUAUUCAGAGAAGCUUGCAGAAGCACAGCGGCGAUUUGCCACUCUGCAGAAUGAGCUGCAGUCGUCUCUGGACGCACAGCGGGAGAGCAGCCGAGCCACAGGUCUGCGCCGCCGUCGUACUGUCUUCCACCUGUCACAGCAGGAGCGUUGCAAGCAUCGCAAUAUCAAAGACCUGCAGCUGGCCUUCAGCGAGUUCUACCUCAGUCUCAUCCUGCUGCAGAACUACCAGAAUCUAAACUUCACAGGCUUUCGGAAGAUUUUAAAGAAACAUGACAAGAUCUUUGAGACGGCAAGAGGCGCUGAUUGGCGUGUGGCCCAUGUUGAAGUGGCUCCUUUUUACACCUGUAAGAAGAUCACUCAGCUCAUCUCUGAAACCGAGGGCCUUGUUACCACAGAGUUGGAAGGAGGAGACCGACAGAAAGCCAUGAAGAGGCUCCGAGUGCCCCCAUUGGGAGCAGCACAGCCUGCACCAGCAUGGACCACUUUUAGAGUAGGACUCUACUGUGGUGUCUUCGUUGCUUUAACCGUCACAGUCAUCAUCACAGGUGUUGUUAAACUUGUUAACGGAGAUGAGAAGAAGGUCUGGCCCCUGGUGAGAAUGUAUCGAGGUGGUUUCCUGCUAAUAGAGUUCCUUUUUUUAUUGGGCAUCAACACCUAUGGAUGGAGGCAGGCUGGAGUGAACCAUGUGUUAAUAUUCGAGCUCAACCCCCGCAACAACCUGUCCCACCAACAUCUCUUUGAGAUUGCUGGUUUCCUUGGAGUUCUAUGGUGUGUUAGUAUUCUGUCUUGCCUCUUUGCCAAGUUCACAAUGAUCCCUAUACAAGUGAACCCUCUAGCUCUCUAUGGAUUCUUCUUCUUUUUCCUUAUCAACCCUUUCAAAACAUGCUACUAUAAAUCUCGCUUUUGGCUACUCAAAUUAUUGUUUCGUGUGGUCACAGCGCCAUUUCAUAGAGUGGGUUUUGCAGAUUUCUGGCUGGCUGACCAGCUCAACUCUCUAGUAGUAGUUCUGAUGGACCUGGAGUACAUGAUCUGCUUCUACAGCAUGGAGUUGAACUGGUCCAAGUCUGAGGGGGAGCUGUGGAUUAAAGAGGGUGGUGAGAUAUGUCAUUCAUAUUCAUAUGGAGUACGAGCUGUAAUCCAGUGUUUGCCUGCCUGGUUCCGGUUUGUGCAGUGCCUGAGACGUUACCGGGACACAAAGCGUGCCUUCCCUCACCUGGCUAAUGCUGGCAAAUACUCCACUACUUUCUUUGUGGUCAUAUUUUCUGCACUGUAUAAGACGCAUGAAACUCUUCCAGAAGGUCAGGUCUUCUUUUACCUGUUAAUUUCCUGCAAGAUCAUUAACUCCUGCUACACCUUAAUGUGGGACCUGAAGAUGGAUUGGGGUCUUUUUGACCGUAACGCAGGGGAAAACACCCUCCUCAGAGAGGAGAUUGUAUAUCCACAAAAAGCUUACUACUAUUGUGCCAUAAUAGAAGACGUAAUCUUGCGCUUUGCUUGGACAAUUCCACUUUCUCUUUCACAACUCCAAAUUUCUGAUAUUUUGGCAACUGUCCUUGCACCACUGGAGGUGUUCAGGCGCUUUGUUUGGAACUUCUUCCGUUUGGAGAACGAGCACCUGAAUAACUGUGGUGAGUUCAGAGCUGUGCGGGACAUUUCAGUAGCACCUCUGAAUGCAGAUGACCAGACUUUGCUGGAGCAGAUGAUGGACCAAGAGGAUGGAGUGAGGAACAGACAGGGAAAGAAGAACUGGAAGAGAAGCUACAGCAUGUCCUUGAAAAGACCACGCCUCUCCUCCCAGUCGAAGGUCCGAGACACCAAAGUCCUGAUAGAGGACACCGAUGACGACACCUGACCCUUGCGUCUACAGUGGCUUGAGAAAUUGUUUUUUAUAGGACCAUAGACCUCAAUGAACCUCGACUCUUCAGAAGCUAUCCAAUCAAUCCAUCACAAAGCUGCCUGACUAUGUACACACACGCACAAACACACACCCGUUUCACACCGAGACCUCACUGACUAACACACGCAACAGGAGUGGCCACUUAAGUUACUGUACUGUUUUUGAUUCCUUCGUUACUGCCUUGAUCAUUUUUGUAAAGAUCCAAUGUGUGGAAGAAACAAAAAUGGAUUCAGUGGACGGUGUAUGUUUGCAAACCGCUUGAUGUGGCUGUGCUCAUAUAAAUCAAGCAUCUGACUGUGGACAACGUCAUUGCAGCAUGAUCGAUCAAUCAGUUUGGAUAUUUUGUCUUUAAAGACUUUUAUGAUAAGGGUUUAAAGACAUUCAUGUAGCAGACACAUGGACUGGUUUACCCUUCAUGAAAAUGCCAAUUUAUACGUGUACUUUACAUAUAUAAUUUAUAAAUAUAUAAUUUCAUUCUUAUUUAUGUGUAGAAGAGAUACCUUGGACGUUGCUUUAAAUUAAAUAUUUUAAAUAUAGCAAGAAUUUACCUUUUACCUUUACCCAGGACCUCUGCACGCUUUUGGACAACCCUCGGGUGGCUUUGAAGGAGAAAUACUAAUUUGAUGUAUAUUUAUUAAACACUUUGCCAGUCAAUUCAAACACAAAGCACCAACGUAAUUACCUGCUCUAAAAUCCCAAACGGGAAUUUCCUGUGCCUGUGUUUAUUUUAAAACAUUGUUCCUUCAUGUGUCUUAAAGUCAAUACAGGUUGAAGAGGUGCUGCUCUGUAGACCCAGAAAGAGAAGAAGGCCCUUUGUUUUAAAAGUGUCAUGCUCAUGUUAAGAGCAAGCCAAAUUUCAUAAGCAUUCCUCACUAACUUCUCCUUACCUGUUAUCUUACUUCCUACAUACAAUCAUCCUGAAACCCCCUUUUGUUGUUACUUAAAGCUUGUUAAACACGCACAGACCUUACCAAUCACAUUCCACUGAAGUAGCAUUCCAUAUUUGUGAUCUUCUGUUGUUCUUCAGUGUCUUCCAGAGUUUGACCAAUUCUUAGACCCACCUGAGGGUUUGAGAGGUUCCUGGGAAAAUCAACACCUUCCUUUUCUUUUCAGCUUUGUCUUUGGCUGAUACAAAAGCACUAGCAUUUUUUUUUGUUUGUUUGUUUUUUGUGAAUUGUUUGUAAAACUUGUUGCAUAAGUCAUCACAUUCAUUUCAGUGUGAUAAAUUAUCUAAGGAUGGGUUUCUGAACGAUUAUGCACAGGGAGUUCUCAUAUGAUGGUUUAUAAUCUUUUCCAAUCAAAGAUGUGUAUUUGUACCUCUGAAAGCCUAGCUGUCUGUGAACGAGAUCGUUGUAAGACAGGAGGUACUGCAUACAUUCAUGCAAUACUCAAAUGACUCACAGGCUACACCUCACAUACUAUGUCAUGUACUACUGUCCCAAGUAAAUGCUUGGACCAAAAAUAAAAACAAGGUUUUUCUGU